UUCUCCUUCCCACGAACUCCACGAGCACAACAAAGAGAGAGAAAAACACUAAAUCGAAUCCAUAAUUUCGAAUAUCGAAAGCGAAGCAUCUCCGCAUCGAUCCUGAACUUCUCCGAGAAGCCGGCAUCGUCCAGCCCCUCGUCCUCCAUUAAAGCCAGAGACUGGAAACUACAAAGCUAAACAGGAUUCAUGGGGGGAAAUGGCGCAGGAAGAGGCUUCGACCUCGAGAAGAUUUUGGAGUUGAAUGGGGAGGGGGAGAAUGGCUCCCCCAAAUCCAUCCCCCUAUGCUGCAAGAAAGCAAUAGCAGCAAUGCCAGAGUCUGAAGCCAAGUGUCAUGCUACAGUGGUUUCGGGGUGGUUUUCAGAGUCUCGUUUAUAUUCUGAUAAAAUGGGCAAGUUGUUGUAUUACAACAACCCUAUGUGGCCAGGAGAGGCCCAUUCAUUGAAGGUUGAAAAGAUUUUAUAUCAAGGAAAGUCAGACUACCAAGAGAUCUUGGUCUUUGAGUCUUUGACAUAUGGAAAAGUGCUUGCUCUUGAUGGCAUUGUACAACUGACUGAAAAAGAUGAAUGUGCCUACCAAGAAAUGAUGGCUCACCUUCCUCUCUGUUCAAUUCCAUCACCCAAAACUGUUUUGGUCGUAGGAGGUGGUGAUGGUGGAGUUCUUCGGGAGAUUUCCCGUCACAGUUCCGUGGAGAUAAUAGAUAUCUGUGAAAUAGAUGAUUUAGUUAUAGAUGUUUGCAAAAAAUUCUUUCCUGAUUUAUCUGUCGGUUUUGAUGAUCCUCGAGUUCGACUUCAUGUUGGUGAUGCUGUACAGUUUCUAAGAAAUGCUCCAGAAGGGAUGUAUGAUGCCAUUAUUGUUGAUUCCUCUGACCCAAUAGGUCCAGCUCAACAGCUAAUUGAAAAACCGUUUUUUGAGACAAUAGCAAAGGCAUUAAGGCCUGGUGGUGUUCUUUGCAAUCAAGCAGAGAGCUUAUGGCUUCAUACCCAUCUUAUUCAGGAUAUGCUCUCGGUCUGUCAUCAAACAUUUAAGGGCUCUGUCCAUUAUGCCUGGACAAGUGUUCCUACCUAUCCUAGUGGCGUGAUUGGAUUUAUAUUAUGCUCAACUGAUGGACCGCCUAUCAAUUUCUUGAGCCCAAUAAACCCGAUCGAGAAACAAAAAGGCGCUCUCAACUCCAGGAGGGAACUCAGGUUCUAUAAUUCAGAGAUACACAGAGCUGCAUUUGCAUUGCCAUCUUUCGCAAGGAGGGAGCUUCGUUCCUUGAUUAGGGCAUGACUGAGAUUAUAAGUAUCCAGGGAAACACAGUGAAGAACCAGCAGAUAUCUUUUGUGUGUGACAUUAUUAGGAAUGAAAGACCAAUUCUAGGAGACCUAUCACAUUAUAUCUACUACUAUGUGUUUAUUGAGUUUAUUGUAUCAAUAAUGCUAAAACUUAAGAGAGGAUAGAAAACCUUGAUUGCUUCCUGUUAAGUUUCUUGUUCUUAUUAAUCUAGGUCCUGUUUGGUUUGUUAGCAGUUGUUGUUUGGUGUUCUUCUAUGGCUUUUUUGUAAGGAUGUAACCCUUCAAAAGUCCGUAAUUGCUUUUAUACCCACUGUACCAAUCAUAUUUGCUUAUACAAGCCUGUGAGCCAUUGUAAUUUUUCUUGUA